UUCACAUGGUCCUCUAUAUUUGUGGUGGUAUUUAUAUGUAAAUUGAAUUUUAGAUAGUUUCGUAUCUGCUGUUUUUCUAAUGCUAGUUUUGCCUAAAAUUGUAACGCGGUAGUUUCGUAUCUGCUGUUUUUCUAAUGCUAGCUUUGCCUAACUUGUAACGCGGCCUCGUUUUAGUUAUUAGUGUCACGCCAUGCUGUGCUAGCUUAGUGGUUGCUGACCGCUGCUUUUUAAAUCGUUUUUUUUUAAUCUUGCCUCACCAAUGUCAUCUAGACCUAAAAGAUUCAAUGCCGGUAACAAGAUGGCAGACAUCAUUCAGAACAUCAACCAUUCUGAAGAAAGCGACGACGAAUUCCACGAAUCCAUACAGGAGGGCGAUCACAGUUCUGAUCACGAUACCCUUGACGAUCAUGGGGCAGACGAACACGUGGCUACGAAUGAUACCGACCCUGAGUUACAAGACCUGGAGCAACAACUCCAGCAACUUCAACGGGCUCGCCGGAAAGCAGAACUAAGACAAAAAAUUGAAAAGGAACAGGAACAACUACGUCAGCUAACGGUUUGUCGUAACCAGGAUAAGCAUAAGGAGCCGGGGGCGGCCAUGUCUCCUACCCGCAGUCAACAAACCACCACUCCACCAACUUCAGAUCCCUCGGGAGGCUUACCGAUCGGGACUGCCACCAUCACAGAAUCAGAUGGUGGUACCCCGGACUUGCAGACAGAAAAAGGGAGACUAUCAGAGACAGUCGUUCGCCUACAAAAACAGGGGUGGGCUAAUUCCACGUCAGAAACUUACUCCACGCAUUAUAAAACAUAUAGAACUAUUUGUGAUGUGUAUAAGGUUGAAAGUGUACCGGCUGACACUACCACUAUUGAACACUAUAUAGCAUAUUUAGUAGAUGUCAAACACUUGAAGUUUAACAGUGUAAAAUGUUAUCUAAACAUUGUAUCAAUUUUGCACAAAUCUGCAGGGUUGCCUGACCCUAUUGCAUCAUCUUGGGCUGUACAACACCUCCUAAAAGGUGUAAAGCGUGAACUUGGUACCGCCCAGUCUUGUAAAACUGCUUUAUCACCACAUGUACUUUUAAAAAUGCAUAAUGCUUUGGAUUUUUCAUACCAAAACAAUCGUGUUUUUUGGGCAGCCUGCUUAACAGGUUUUUUUGGGUUUUUACGACCAAACAAUUUUUUGGUUAAGGGUGCCUUUAACCCUUCUGUUCAUGUUCAAUACAUUGAUUUGUUACAAUACCCUUGGGUUUUUUUGCUUUCGCUAAAAAUUGUAAAAACUCUCCAGUUUAGGCAACACCCUAUAGAUUUUAUCUAAGCUAUAUUCCCACCCUCUCUGUCCUUGUCGGGCUAUUCGUAAUGCCCUUGUGUCGGGCCAGGACCCCCUCGGCCCCCUUUUUGUGUUAUCAUCAGGUUCCUGUCUCACAUACUCAGUAUUUCUAAGAGCUUUGCGUGUUGUAUUGAAUGAUAUCGGUUUUGACCAGUCUUCCUUUGGGGGGCAUUCGUUCCGCCGGGGAGCUGCUACAUGGGCUCAUUCGGCUGGUUUGGAGGGUUCCCAAAUCCAAUUAUUGGGAUAUUGGGCUAGUGAUUGUUUUAAACGAUAUGUUGACCACACAAAUGAUGACAAGCAUGCUGCUCUACAAGUUUUUUGCAAAAACCUACCUUCAGUAGUACCUGGCUAGGUUUUUUUUUUUUUUUUUUUUUUCAGCAGUUACACAUUACCAACACUCUAUCUUCGGGUUUGGAAUAAUGUAUUCUACCAGUAUAUUGUAUAUUUUUCCAUUAGUCCAUCGGAUAUACUUGUACAAUAUAUUUGAUUGUAAUUUGUGUCUGUGUUUAUUAAAGCCAUUCUGAAUUUAUAUCAUCGGUAUUGCCUUCUUGAUAAUAAUAGAAACUAGGUAAAGUGGUAUUUAUAUGUAAAUUGAAUUUUAGAUAGUUUCGUAUCUGCUGUUUUUCUAAUGCUAGUUUUGCCUAAAAUUGUAACGCGGUAGUUUCGUAUCUGCUGUUUUUCUAAUGCUAGCUUUGCCUAACUUGUAACGCGGCCUCGUUUUAGUUAUUAGUGUCACGCCAUGCUGUGCUAGCUUAGUGGUUGCUGACCGCUGCUUUUUAAAUCGCCUCUCCCACCCUCCCAGUAGAAUUACUAGGGUGCUUGUAGGUUGUUUUUUUCAACUUGCUAAAUUUGCUAUCUAUUUGCUUUUUACUUUUAUGUAUAUAUGUGUGUUCAUUCGUUUAUGUUAUAGGUAUGUGGAAUAAUGUAUUCUACCAGUAUAUUGUAUAUUUUUCCAUUAGUCCAUCGGAUAUACUUGUACAAUAUAUUUGAUUGUAAUUUGUGUCUGUGUUUAUUAAAGCCAUUCUGAAUUUA